AUGAUAUCAUCGAAGAUCCUUUGGCAGUUGAAAGUUUUAAGUGUUAUUUGUUUAAUAAAUGUUAACACUUUAAAUGCACACGUUGUUCAUCAAAAGCACGAAAACUAUGCCUUUGACUUUAAUCUACCAAUCGAUUUAUUUACAUCAGAAAAAUUGUGCGAUGAUGGUUGUCUUCAACGUGCUCGGGAAUCUCUUCAACACGCCAUUGAACAUUUUUUAACUGAAAUUAAUCUUGACAUAUACAUAGAACACGUUUUAGUCCUUACACCGACCGUUCAAGGACGUACUCUGAAAUUUUCUCUCAAAUUCGAAUGGAUCAGUGAUCAAGAACCACCAAGAAUCGACGGAUCAAUAUUCCACCAAAUUCACGAAUUCUUGCCUCACCAUCACGUCAGACAUGACAAUGGAGCAGGACGCUGCGGUUCGCAAGGUUUGACUCAUAGUUUGAUCUCUAGUAGUCGACAAGCUCAAUAUCAUCGACAUUCUCAUUCCGUUGUUCUGGAAUUAAAAUGGCGUCCAAAUUAUGCUGAUGUCGAUUCUCGUGAUUAUCGACAUUUGCGUCAUUUGUUCAUAGCUGCUGUUCGUACAAUUUUAUUAAGAAAACGCUUGCUCGACGAUUUAUACAGUGUUCAUGUUACGUCAGUUCAAUCUCAUUCACAAGAUUCCAUCCUCGUACAUUAUGUUAUUUUAUUGAGGCACGAUUUACCCAGCGAAACUGGAAACUCUGACAAUAUCAUUGAACAUGAACUACCCAAUUAUCUAGAUUGGUUCAAUGAGUCGUUAGAACAUGACCAUCAUCAUAAUGCUUCAACUACAUCAAAUAGCUUUUCUGAAGUUAUUCAAAUUAAAUGGCAUCACGAUUAUUCAAAUAACGAUUCAGAAUCCUAUUAUAAUAUUAAAUGUUCAUUUCACAUGUUUAUCCGACAUCUAUUAAAAGAGGCUAACCUUCAUGUGGUCGAUCAUGUACAUAUUGAUGAUUUUAAACAAGAAAGAGAGCAUGUUCGUGCUACAUUUAGCGUUUAUUGGAAAUUGACUGUGUCCAGCGAUGAAAUAGAGAAAUUUAGAACAGAAUUAUCGACACAUAGCGCUGACUUUACUUUUGUGCAUCAGAAUGUAAAAUUACGAGAUCAGUUGGUUCCACAUACCGAUCGGCACAUAACGGCUCAUACGAUAAACAUUCCGCUCGACUGGACAUCAGCAAUAAGUGAUACCGAUUCCAAAAAUUUAGAAAAUAUUCUGUAUACCGUAUCAGCUGCUGUGAGAACUAUUUUACGCAAACAUCAGGUCCUCAACGAAGUGCAACGUUUCAUCAUUAAAUUGGUACUAUUCACUGACGGCAAUGCUGAAUUAAAAUACAAAAUCUUUUGGAAAGACGCCGCCACGACCAACGCUGAGCACAUUCAAGACAUAAUACGCAAAGAAUUGGAUGAUUAUAAAACAUUAUUGGAUGAAACCGACUUUGAACAACAUUCCCACAGACCUCAGACACACACAGAGCAUUCCCACAUACCUCAUCUAACCCAUGAAAAACAACACCCAGCUCCAGGAGAUCAGGAACAACCCAAAAAGCAGUACCAUCAACCGCACGAACAGCAUCAACAUCAGCUAACCCAAUUUCACCCCGAAGACACACACCGCAACGAAUCUGACGGACCUCACCGUCCACAACCACAACAUCAUCUAACUCAGGGCGAGCAUACACACUUCCCAAAAACAUCCAACAAAUCCCAUCCACAACACGAACGCCCACAACAACCCGACCAUAAGAAAGAGGAAACUCACUCCGAUGUCAAAGUAUCACAUGAAACAAAACAAGAUAAAGAUUCGAACACUGUCUCGCAAGUGCUGGUGAUCGAGGGUACCAAACAUGUUGACACAAUCAAAGAGCACAAAGAAGAAAUUGAAGAGAAAAUAAACAAAAAUGUACAGAAAGAAAUCGAAUCCAAGGAUGUUGUCGAUACAUCAAAAGUCAAAGAUUCUCACAUAAGUCACGUUAAAACAAAUGGAACACAUACGCUAGUGCACAUUGAUACUAAAGUGCAAAAUGUCAAAGAAAGUGACAAGAGUCAUGUGGAACAGGCAGUAGCGAAAUCAGCCGAAACGAAAGAGGUGAAAGAGCACAUCGUUAAAAAGACUGGGGAAACGAAGGAAAUAGUGUCUGCUGAUGGUUUGUGCAGCCGUUGUCCUACAUCGGGGACGACGAAAUCUACGUCAACAAUUGUUUUGCUUGGGGCCAAGUUUUUUUCGGGUGUCGACAGAAGUUUGUUAACUUCGUUUUUGUUGUCGGAGAUGAAGACUGAAUUGAAGAAGUUUAGUGUUCGGGAGGCGAUUUUAUCAUUCGAAGUGACGCAAGUUAUGGAUAUUGGUAGUGGCGUUGGUAUUAUAUGUGAUUAUGUAGUCGAAUCGUCUGAAGAGAAAGGAGCAGUUAGAGCAUUUCAGGGCGUUGCUCUUUCGGCGAAGGUCUUGGAGUUUCUUAAUAAUUCGGUGAAAGCAAGUUAA